ACGACUCCCCUAUGGCUGCCUAAGCGAGGUGUUUCGGUCUGGAUGGUGAGGAGCGAUGGCACGGUCCUGUACCAGCGGACACUACUGGGAUGGCCUGGUCAAACAGUGCAUGUCAUGUCAAAUGAUGUGUGAGCAACCGGAACCUCAUGCUCGCUGUAUGGACUUCUGCGUGGCCUAUGGCUGUAAGGCUGUAUCUGGCCAGUUCUAUGACCGGCUGCUGAAGAAGUGCUUGAAAUGUUCGGAGCUGUGUGGCCACCACCCGUCAGAGUGCUCGCAAGAGUGCCCCACGACCACCAGGACCACAGGAGUCUUUGCACUGCCGCCGCUGAACACUAGAGGGAGCCACAAGACCAGAGGAGUGCCCUACUCUGAGGCGCUGGUGUACUCUCUGCUGGGCCUGUGCCUCGCCAUGCUGCUCAGCACCAUGAUUGUGGCCCUGCUGGUGCUGCUGAGGAGGGCCCGAGUGCAGAAAGAGCACAGAGAGAAGAAGCCACAGCAGACCUCCAAAGACUGUCUGAUGGUGGAGGCCAUCACUCAGGAGGCCAAUGGGGUGGUCCCAGACAGACCCCGGGCUACAGAGACCUGCGUGCACUGCUUCACCGAGCAGACCAUCCCGCAGUGCCUAAACGGAGACCCCCAGCGCCGCCACCACUACACCAACGGCGUGGCUCACGGUCACGCCAGCAGGACCAUGUGUGAGCGGGACGAUGCUCUGAGGAUCAUCUGCUCACCCACCCAGACCAGCAUCUGAGCCAGGAGGCCGUGCAGGUGCUCCUCAUAUGGAAGGCUGGAGUGCUUUGAAUGUGGUUUGGACUGAAAGUGUCUGUGCCCUUCUGAGAAAACCUGCUCUGGGACUGAAAAACGUGCAGGAGGCAGCCGCACGUGAGCUGCGAGUUUCAGUGGCAUCAGGUCACAUCCUGGAGAGGAGCAGGGAGCACAGUGUGCAGGGUCGGAGAGAUAGUUUAAUAAAAAAUUAUAUUUCAUAGCUUCUCUGAUUGUGGUUGAUCACUCGUGAUGUAUUUGAUGUCUGAAGUUAGGCUUGUUCAUUUUAGGA